AUGUCAUUCUUCCAGCAUACACUGGCUAUUGUCAUGCAGAUCGAGUUCUACUUCAGUCCAUCUAAUCUUCCGCACGAUCGCUACCUGCAGGGUACGAUGCGUCCUGAUGGCUGGGUGCUUCUCUCAGAGAUAUGCAGCUGGCCCCGAAUGACCCUGCUUGGCGCUUCAAGCCCAUUUGAUGUUGCAAGGGCACUGGCGACUUACUCCCGCGCGCUGGAGGUCGACGCCUCCUUCCUGUUUGUCCGCCUCAUGCCAGGUCCAGUUUAUAUCGUGCCCGGGUCCGUCCAGCUAGCAUGCCCUCCGUAUGGCAUUCCAGCUGCAUAUCCGCUCCCACAGCACGCCCCAAACCAGCUGCAGUUUCAACAGCAAUGGCCGCAUGAAGAACAGUACGCGCAGCACUUUGGAGUUCAAUUUCCACUGCAACGUCCAGUCUCGCCUGAGCACUUUGCUUUGCCACCCAAUGCUACCCCGUCUAAUUGCCGACCUGGGACUUUCCCUGUGGAGGCGCCCCAGCAGCUACUGGGGUCGCCUGUUCCCUACCCUAUUCCGGUGCUUGCAGACAACCCAGCUUUCACACAACAAGUUGGGUCCUUCUACGACCAGCAACAAGCCACCGUUCAUGCUGUUUUCACGGAUGACCAGCAGUCCACACAACUGCGGGGUAUCCCGACUACGGCGUUACAAAAUGGGGCCGCUACGGAAGGCGAAAUGAGUACCAGGUCCCAAAGGCACAGAGGGGCAGCGGCUGCUGAACAUCCACCACAGGCCAUGGAAGCGGAAGAGGGGAAUCGGCUCCCUUCACAUCAUAAAUUAGACAGCGAUCACCCGGGGACCCGAUCCAUGCCCCGCACACAUCCGAUUCCCGCACUAGUGCAGCCGCAAGGUACAGAAUUCAGGCAAAGAAGGGAUCACGGAUCGCGUCGAGACAAGGCGCAGCAGGCACUUCAUUCAGCCAAGAGUUCUUGCACAGAGCCAGCGACGGCAGCUGUGUCUUCCCACUGCGCUCAACUGCAAGCCUCUGAGUACCACAUCCGCAGCACGGUGACUCCGCCUCCCUUGUCGCAAUUGAGCUCCGUUGAAUCACGUUCAGAGCUCAGGUCGUGCAAGGCUGAGCGACGAGGGUUACCAGCACGAUAUUCGAGGAAUGCGGAUCAUGGUAGCCUUGCUGAUCAGUGCUGUGACAUGAAUGGGACGCUAAUUGAACAAGUGGGUUCUGACAUUAGCUCGGAAGGCAACACCACGCAUUGUCGGAUGCCCGACAGAGGGGCUCCAGAAACGCGAAGCCUAGUUGUUCGCAAUCAACGCACAAGGGAAUGGGGCGCUCCCGCCUCUAGGCAGUCGAGUCACGUAGAGAGCUACAAGUCAUGUUUGAAGACAGUACAAGACCGGUCUUCUGUCCCAUCACAGACCAAUCGGCCUCGCAACGUGAAGAGCAGAUCCCCACAGCGUGCUCGGCGCUGGCACAGCAGAGACGGUCGGCACGAUCAUCGAGAUAGGUAUGGGGACGAUCAGCAUGAUCAGCGAGAUAGGUGCAGGAGUUUAGUGGUGUCCAAGGACAUGUCACCUCUACAUGGGGCGAAUUUUCCUCCGCUCCCGCAAUCUGCUAGCGUUGGGAUCCGUGGAUCUUCUCCUAAGAUAGUCCAGGCCACCGACCGUGUGUCAUGUGUAACUCCGGCAGACGAGAUUUGGGCGAAGAAGCCCGUGUCAGUGCUUGGAAACAGUUCCCCAACAACUUGA